AUGCUGAACUCACAUGGCUUGCAGGCUCGUGGAAUGUACAGCCAGCUGCGGCCUGUGGCGCCUCUGCUGAGCUACGCCACUGUGUCGUUGUCAAACGUGAUUGCCAGUACUUGCCAGUAUGAGGCCCUCAAGUACGUCAGCUUUUCUGUGGCCACACUGGGCAAAUGCGCCAAGAUGUUCCCAGUGAUGCUGUGGGGCGCCGUCAUGCUGCGCAAACGCUACACCUGGCGGGAUGCAGCCCUCGCGGUGGCCAUCACUGGUGGCUGCUUUGCGUUCUUCACGCUGGGGCCCACUGCGAGCAGGGUCGCACGCGGCGCGGAUGUCAGCGGCCUGGGUCUGGCCCUGAUGGCGGGCUAUUUGCUGGCAGACGGCUACACCUCCACAUUCCAGCAGCGGCUGUUUUCCGGCUACGAAAUGAGCUCGCUCAACCAGGUGCUCUACACGGGACUGUGCUCGAUUGCCUUGAGCUCCUUUGGCCUCAUCUCCAGCGGCCAGCUCGCAGGCACCUUGCGUUUCCUGACCAACCACCCUGAGGCAAUCUUCCAUAUACUCUCGCUGUCUCUGGCGGCGACCUGUGGCAGCCUCUGCAUCAGCUUCAUCAUCAAGAGCUUUGGCGCCUUGACCCUGGCCACAGUCAUGACUACGCGCCAGGUCCUGUCCAUUGCCCUGAGCGCGAUCGUCUUCCGCAGCGCCCUGACACCCGCCCAGUGGGCCAGCGCAGCCGUCGUGAUGCUGGCGCUCUACGCAAAGGGCUUUAUGAGCAAGGGCAAGAGCGGCAGCAAGCAGAAGCAGGCCGAUUAG